AUGUCCAGUGAUAGGCAAAGGUCCGAUGAUGAGAGCCCAAGCACCAGCAGUGGUAGUUCAGAUGCAGACCAGCGAGACCCAGCCGCUCCAGAGCCUGAAGAACAAGAAGAAAGAAAACCUUCUGCCACCCAGCAGAAGAAAAACACCAAACUGUCUAGCAAAACCACUGCUAAGUUAUCCACUAGUGCUAAAAGAAUUCAGAAGGAGCUAGCUGAAAUAACCCUCGAUCCUCCUCCUAACUGUAGUGCUGGCCCUAAAGGAGAUAACAUUUAUGAAUGGAGAUCAACUAUACUUGGUCCACCAGGUUCUGUAUAUGAAGGUGGUGUGUUUUUUCUGGAUAUUACAUUUUCAUCAGAUUAUCCAUUUAAGCCACCAAAGGUUACUUUCCGAACCAGAAUCUAUCACUGCAACAUCAACAGUCAGGGAGUCAUCUGUCUGGACAUCCUUAAGGAUAACUGGAGUCCUGCUUUGACUAUUUCAAAGGUUUUGCUGUCUAUUUGUUCCCUUUUGACAGACUGCAACCCUGGUAAGCAAAUAUUUAUAUAUUUGACGAACAGAGCAGAACAUGACAGGAUAGCCAGACAGUGGACCAAGAGAUACGCAACAUAA